UUUUUUUGAAUUUUUCCUGUUAUUUCACUCCUUCACUCCAUUUAUUUGUAAAAGUUAUUUAUUAGCCCACUACUAAAAAUAAUAAAUGCUACUAAACAGGCCCAAUAGCCGUUUUGUUUUAUCCUUACACAAUAAAAGUGCACAUGUACGAACUCUUCCCUCAAAGGUCAGAGCUUCAUCUAAGAGUUGGGUCUUCGGAGGGAUGAUUGGUUGAUAAGGGUUAGAAUUUGUAGAAUGUGGGAUUCUUUUAAUCCCAAGAAAAAUGGAGAGUUAAUUGGCUUGGAUAUGAUCUUUAUUGACGAAAAGGAAAAUUUGAUGCAUGCUACAAUCAACAAGAAACUAUAUAACAAGUUUAAGGAUAAGUUGACUGAAGGUUCUUUGUCUGUUAUCAAGAACUUCAAAGUUGUUGAAAGUAGUGGUGGAUAUAGGCCUAUUGAAAAUAUGAUCGACUCAAGGGUGAACAAUAACACUGUGUUAUCAGUUGAAAAUGUGGUGGGCUGUUUGUGCGGAGUUGGAGACAUGGAGAUUGUUGGCUCGAGGUGGAAAAAAAGGGACAUUCAAAUUGUUACUGAUUAUUCUGACAAAGCAAAAAUUACUUUAUGGGAAGAAUUUGGUGAGAAAUUCAAUCCUUAUUUGUACAAGAAUGAUUCUGGCAUGUAUAUCGUGAUAGUAACCGCUACAGCAGUUAAAGAAUUCCGUGGUGAGGUUAGCUUCGCCACCAGCUACGCAAGCAAAAUAUAUAUAAAUCUCAAUGUAGACUACAUAACUUCUUUGAUCCAAAUGUUUGCAACCGUCUCUGCUGGAGUACAAACUAUUGAACGUUCUAAUGUUAAUAGCAUUCCGAUUGAGGAAGAGAUGUCUUUUAAUAAGAUGAACAUCAAGGAGUUGUUGGAUUGCGACUGGGUCCUGAAUUAGAGGAAUACAUUGUUACCAUGAGGGGAGAGAUUACAAAAAUAGACAACCAUUUUGGUUGGUACUAUAUUUCAUGCAAUGCAUGCUCAAAGAAGAUCGAAGCUGAAAAUAGUGUCUAUAAUUGCCAUAUUUGUAACAAAGAAUGCAAGUUUCCUUUGGUGAAGUAAGGAACCAAUCUCUAAUGUGAAUUUGAUUCAUGUUAUUAUUUAAACUAACUUAUUAUGUAAAUCAAGGUAUAAGAUACACCUAAAAGUCAAAAAUAAAACUGGGGAGAGCAGUGUUGUCCUAUUUAAUCUUGUUGCAGAGAAGCUACUUGAUACAUCAACCCACAAGUUGUUAAACAGGCUGCCAUUAGAUAACAAUGAUGUACCUAUCCAAAUCCAAAGCCUUUGCAAAAAAGAAUUUAUUUUCAAGCUAAAAUUAAACAAUUAUAAUUUGCAAGAGGGGCUUGAAAAUUUUACCGUAUCAAAGGUUUUCGUUCCAGUUGAGAAUUUGGAAAUACAAUACCAAUCGAGGAAAGAUAAGAAGGGAAAAAGCUUAUUGGAGGAUGAAAAUGAACCAAAGGAGCAGAAGACAAAAAGAUUAAUUAAAAAAAAAAAAGGCUGCUGAUGUCUCAUUCGAUAACUUGGAAGACUCUGAUGAAGAUCAACAUGUCAAUGAUGGGUUAAGAAUAGAAAGAGAAGAAACAUAAUCAUAGACGACGAUGAAUUUAGUGAUGAAGAUACCAACAAAUCAAAUAGUAGAGUCUUUAGUGUUGGUUAUAGCAUAUUGUGUGUGCUUAAAUAAAACUAUUUGGUCCUCUUUUUAGCUUUUUGUUUGGUUGUUUGUAAGACUGUGAAGAACCCUGUCAAAGUUGUUGGUCAUUCACACCACUUUAGAAUAUGAAAAGUGCUGGCUUCUUCACUGAAAAACUUGAGCUCGGUUUGUCAACUAUGUCCUGAAGUUUAUUUUGAUUU